AGGUUGCGCAGCUAAUGUGUGUCAAAGCAGUUCUGUAUACCCUUGCAGACUGAUUUCAGUGUUUCUGUGCUCUUAACUACCAAUGCUAUGCAGUCUCUCAACUUUUGACAUUGAUGAAAUCCAAAUAAGAUAUUUUAUGUCAUUUCUUUCUUGUAGACAAAUGAUUUGCUUGUAUUUGUACAUGCUACAUAAAUCCAGGAUAGUCUUACUGUUCUUCCUCAGAACAAUCUGUUAGGAGUUUAAUUAACCUUUUCACUUUUAAUCAGGUGGUUCUCAACUGGGGCGUUUUGUCCUCCAGGGGACAUUUUGCAGUGUUUGGAGACAUUUUUGCUUUUUGCUUUGUAGCUGACAGGUGGGAUAGGGUUGCUACUGGCAUCUAUUAGGUAGAAAGCAGAGGUGCUCCUAAACAUCCUAAAAAUGCAUAGUACAUCUUCCCAUAACAAAAAGUCAUCCAGCCUAAAAUGUAAAUAGUACCAAGAUUGAGGAACCCUGAUUUAAUGGGCAUAAGCGAAGUUCUCAUAACUGAAUUUCUGUCCUGAAAAAUACAAAGUAUAUUAUUUUGUUUUCAAGCUAACAGCAUUGAGAAAAGUGAGUUUUAUUUUUACCGUUUUUGCACACUUGAUACUCCCUUUUUCCACCUGGCAUUGUGUGAUCUGUAAGGGCCAGAACUGACAAAGGUAGCAAAUUCCUGGGACAUCUACCCACACAUUGAAAUAUGAACUUAUUGGCCAAUUAGAGCCUCUAACUUGGUCAGGUGACUUAAGAUGAGCGCUUGAGUGGAUUUAAAAAACUAUUGGUAUACUGAUUGGGGAGGUGACAAGAGUGCUACAAGGUAAACAUUUGAAUGAAUGAUUAAUUAUAAACAAAAGCUGUGUCCGCUCUGAUGUGAAUAAGCACAACUUUAAAAAUGGGAAAUUCCUUUGCGAUAAAAAAAACGUUUGCUAUAAUUUCAGUAGAUAAGAGGGAAAGUGGGAGCUAGGAGCUCAGAGGGAGCAGUAAGAAAAGCAUCUUAACUGUUGUGAAGAUACAGAUGGCAGUACCUUAUUUUUCAACCAGUAAAAUAGCCAUUUUGCUUGGUGGACAAAGGUGUGCUGUAAAUUGACACUGAACUUUAACUUGCCCUCUGAUCAACCAGCCAGCACCUGAAUAGGUUCCUGUGGUAGAGCAGUCCCUUAGUUCCAGGAAGGCAGAGUAAGUUUUUAGUUUCCUGCUGACAGGGAAAGUCGACUGAAAUGAAUACACUAGGGGAAACCAGAUGCAUCCUUUCUCCCAUGUUAACCCUGAUUUUAAAGAUUUCCUUCAGCCUCUUCUAGAAUGGUAGGAACCUCUGGAUUAUUUUCAGUGUUAACGUUUCAGGCUGGUACUUCCUUUCCGUUGCUAGGCACUGACGCCGUCCUUCCCCACAGAGGCUGUAAAGCGCUGCGUCCGCCGCCGCUGUUUGCAGUUGGGUGUGCCACACGUGGUCGGCUUUGCUCCUGGGGGAUGAUGGGGUUGAUGAUACUCCCCUGGCAAGCCUUUCACCGCAGAGAUUCAGCUCAGAUUUUAUUCAUUUAUUUGACAGAACACAAGCAGGGGGAGCAGCAGGCAGAGGGAGAAGGAGAAGCGGGCUCCCCGCAGAGCAGGGAGCCCAACGCAGGGCUCCAUCCCAGGAUUCUGGGACCACGACCCGAGCCCAGGGCAGACGCUUAACCGACUGAGCCACCCAGCUUUAAACAUCAGUAGUAAAAGUGCAAGCAUUGGAAUAAGACUUUCGCAAAACAACAUUGUGGAGCAUGGAUUCUCUAUCAGAAGAAUUUUUUACAAGUAGGGAUCCAACUGUGGAGGAGCAGACUAAGAAAGAAAUCAAGAAUAAGGUAGAAAAAUCUACUGACCAACUGGGUAAACAAGAAAAGGACACACCUGCUGAUCUUGUCCCUGUUAACUUACUAUUGGAAGUGAAGAAAUUAUUGAAUGCAAUUAAUACUCUACCAAAAGGUGUGGUCCCUCACGUUAAGAAGUUCUUACAAGAAAAUUUUUCCUUCCAAAUUAUGCAGAGAGAAGUUGCAGCUAACAGCCAGAAUGGGGAGGAAAUUGUUCCUGUUCUGACUUUACGUUUCUUGAUAACACAACUGGAAGCAGCGCUUAGGAACAUUCAGGCCACUAAUUAUACUGCACAUCAGAUUAAUAUUGGUUAUUAUUUGACAUUACUGUUUUUGUAUGGAGUAGCACUUACUGAAAGAGGAAAGAAAGAGGAUUACACAGAAGCAGAGAAUAAAUUUCUAGUGAUGAAGAUGGUGAUCCAAGAGAAUGAAAUUUGUGAGAACUUUAUGUCUUUAGUUUAUUUUGGACGUGGUUUGCUUCGUUGUGCUCAGAAGAGAUAUAAUGGAGGACUGCUAGAAUUUCAUAAAAGCUUACAAGAAAUAGGAGAUACAAAUGAUCAUUGGUUUGACAUAGAUCCUACAGAAGAUGAAGAUUUACCUACAACUUUUAAAGAUCUUCUUAAUGAUUUUAUCAAGACAACAGAAAAUAAUAUAAUGAAGCAGACUAUUUGCAGUUAUCUAGAUUGUGAACGAUCUUGUGAAGCUGACAUUUUAAAGAACACCAAUUACAAGGGAUUUUUUCAAUUAAUGUGCAGUAAAAGCUGCUGUGUUUAUUUCCAUAAAAUUUGUUGGAAAAAGUUCAAGAAUUUAAAAUAUCCAGGUGAAAACGAUCAGACCUUUAGUGGGAAAAAAUGUUUGAAGGAAGGAUGUACAGGUGACAUGGUAAGGAUGCUACAAUGUGAUGUACCUGGAAUUGUUAAAAUUUUGUUUGAAGUUGUGAGAAAGGAUGAAUAUAUAACCAUUGAAAAUUUAGGAGCAAGUUAUAAAAAGUUAAUGUCUCUGAAAAUCACUGAUACUGAUAUAAGACCGAAGAUCAGUUUAAAAUUUAGUACAAAAGAUGAAAUGCCUAUCUUCAAACUUGAUUAUAAUUAUUUCUAUCACCUGCUUCAUAUAAUUAUCAUUUCUGGUACUGACAUUGUCCGGCAAAUAUUUGAUGAGGCUAUGCCACCCCCUCUUUUGAAAAAAGAGCUUCUUAUACACAAGAAUGUGCUGGAACCCUACUACAACCAUCUUUGGACCAAUCACCCUUUGGGUGGAGCAUGGCAUCUGCUUUAUCCCCCAAACAAGGAGCUACCACAGUCCAAACAGUUUGACUUGUACCUCCUCUUAGCUCUCAUAAAACAUUUGAAUGUAUUCCCUGCACCCAAAAAAGGCUGGAAUAUGGAACCACCAUCUUCUGAUCUCUCUAAGUCUGCAGACAUCUUGAGGCUGUGCAAAUACAGGGAUAUCCUCCUUAGUGAGAUUUUGAUGAAUGGUCUCACUGAGUCACAAUUCAAUUCAAUUUGGAAAAAAGUUUCAGAUAUUCUUCUGCGCCUUGGGAUGAAGCAAGAGGAUAUUGAGAAAGUGAAGGAGAAUCCCAUUGAGAAUAUCUCCCUUGAUUACUAUCAACUGUCCAUCUACCUAGGCAUACCAGUACCAGAAAUCAUCCAGAGGAUGUUAUCCUGCUAUCAACAAGGAAUUGCUCUACAGUCAAUAACGGGCAGUCAACGUAUUGAAAUAGAAGAGUUACAGAAUGAGGAAGAAGAACUAAGUCCACCCCUCAUGGAGUACAAUAUAAAUGUGAAAUCAAACCCUGAAAUACAGUUAGCAGAAAUGAAUAAAGAUGGAGCAUCGAUACCCAGUGAAUCUUCAACAGAAUCUAUUAAAGAUCUCCAGGAAGUUAAGAGUAAACCAAAGAAAAAGAAAAAGACUAAGAAUAAAAAGAAUAAGGAAUCAAAAGAAGAACAAGUCCCAACUAUGAUAGGAAAGGAAGAACAGUUGAAGAAAGAGCAAGCAAAUCAACACCCAGUCAGUGGAUUUAUGAAAGAUGAUGCAAGUGAUAUUCAAGAGGAUUCUGCAACUGAAGACAAGUUCUAUAGCCUGGAUGAAUUGCAUAUUCUGGACAUGAUAGAGCAGGGCUCAACCAGUAAAGUAACUGCAGAAUAUGGAGAAACUGAGAAGGAAAAGCUUGCUCGGCAGCGGCAGCUUUAUAAAUUGCACUAUCAAUGUGAAGAUUUCAAAAGACAGUUGAAAACAGUGACUUUUCGGUGGCAAGAAAACCAAAUGCAGAUUAAGAAGAAAGACAAAAUCAUUGCAUCUCUGAACCAACAAGUGGCUUUUGGAAUCAAUAAGGUUUCCAACUGGUGCCAGAGGGGCCCAACAUGGAUCUCCUGCUCUCCACCCUGUAGCAACAAAGCAAUAUUACAGCGUCAGAGCCAUGCUAAAGAUAAUGAAAUCAAGAAUCUUAAAGAGCAACUUUCCAUGAAAAGAUCUCAGUGGGAAAUGGAGAAGCAUAAUCUGGAAAGCACAAUUAAAACAUACUUAAACAAACUGAACGCAGAAACUAGCAGAGCUUUAACAGCUGAGGUGUAUUUCUUACAGUGUCGUAGAGAUUUUGGUUUGCUUCAUCUAGAGCAGACUGAAAAGGAAUGCCUCAGUCAGCUUGCCAGGGUGACUCACAUGGCGGCAAGCAAUCUGGAAUCACUUCAAUUAAAGGCUGCAGUAGAGAGUUGGAAUGCCAUCGUAACAGAUGUUAGAAACAAGAUUGCGUUCCUCAGGACACAGUACAAUGAACAAAUUAACAAGGUGAAGCAAGGGUUUGCCUUGAGUACCCUGCCUCCAAUCCAACUUCCUCCACCACCACCUAGUCCUGAGAUACUGAUGCAGCAGUUCUUGGGAAGACCCCUUGUGAAAGAAUCUUUCUUUAGACCCAUACUCACUGUUCCUCAGAUGCCUGCUGUUUGCCCUGGAGUCAUCUCUGCGCCUGGCCAGCCUAGAGCCCCCCUGAUGACUGGUAUAGCCUGGACUGUGCCAGCACCUGUGGGAGAGGCUGUGUCUCCCAGUGCAAGUCUGGGAAGUGAUCCCCCCAUGAUGAAUUGGGAGAGGAUUACAGACAGGCUGAAAACUGCUUUUCCACAACAAACCAGGAAGGAGCUUACGGAUUUCUUACGGAAAUUGAAGGACAUUCAUGGGAAGUCCUUAUCUGGACUGACAUUUGAUGAAAUUGUAUACAAGAUUUCCCAAUUUAUUGACCCCAAGAGAUCACAGAGCCAAGGAAAAUCUGUACCAAAUGGUAACUGUGUUUCACCCAGCCACACUCCUCCACAGUCUAAUACUGCCCAGCCCCCAAAACCAGCCUGGAGGCCCCUCAGUUCACAAGGGCCUGCCUCAUGGGAAGGAGCCAAUAAUUUGGAUGAUGAGGAGGAAGAAGAAGAGCCUUGUGUGAUCUGUCAUGAGAAUCUCUCUCCAGAAAACCUCUCUGUUUUGCCUUGUGCUCACAAAUUCCAUUCUCAGUGCAUUAGACCUUGGCUGAUGCAACAGGGGACAUGCCCAACCUGCAGACUCCAUGUUUUGUUACCAGAAGAAUUUCCAGGUCACCCCAGCCGGCACUUGCCCAAGAUCUGAUCCAAGGGAGUGAUUUGCAAAGGAAAUUCAGUUAUCAGGUUCCAGAAUUUAGUUUUGCCUUUUAUUAUGUAUGAGCUGAUAGUGUGAGUGGUGUAAGCAGUGUGCUCUUUAGUAUUGUACAAAAGAAGCUAGCUAAUCUCAUCAAAGCUGUAGCCAAAGAGGACAGGACAAAUCUUCAGGACUUAGAGCUGAACUGAAAGGGCUUAAAUUUUAAAAGUUACAUUAUAUUUGCCCCUAUCUUAGUAAGCAUUUUCUUCCAGUGUAAACAUCAUUAUUAGCACAUAUCUUAGGAUGUUUUUGUCUUUUUCCUUCUUAUUCCACUUAUCCUUUACUGUCACCCAAUAUAGGCUACAUUUUAAUUUCCUGAAAUCAAUGUAAGAAGAAAAGCAGAAUAGCAAACAAGUAGGAAAAUUCCAGAUUUUAUUUUUCCUUUUAACUUUUAAAACUGCUUACAAAAUACAUAAUUGAAAUACUUAAAUUUUAUCCCUAUCUUCCCCAUUCUUCUCUGGCCUCUAAAUAUGUGCCCAUGAAGAGAUUAUGAGUGACUUGAGGGUGUGGACCAUACAGUGGUGUGUUGGAGCUUAGCUAAUAAUAGUUUGUGAGAAGUGACUGUUGAAGUUUCAGGAAUUUUGUGAGCCAGUGAUCAAAUUGUUCAUAGCUUGAAAUCUGCAUAGUGGGAGUAUUUACACCAUAGAAAUUUGUAAAUGUUAUAAGUCAGGGCUUCUCUUCCCAAGAACUUGUUAAACAUUUACCAGUACACCACUGGGACCAUGUCUGAUCUUCCUAUGUUUCUCCAUGCCUUGCACAGUAGGUGUAGCAUAAAUAUUCCCAGAAUCAGAAAUCAGGAAAUAGAAAUGAGUUAAUGUGUAAAUUAAGUCACUUGCUCAGUUGAAUAAUUGAGAUCUUAUGUUUAUUUGUUAACAUUGUCAUUGGACCUUACACUUGAAGGAUUUGUUUUCUGCCUUAAAAGUUUCUCAAUUUCACUUUGUCAUGCUGCAGGGUGUGGGGGACUGUACGUAGAUGCUUCUUAUGACAAAGUUAAUAUUCACUGGGCUAAGCUGCCAUCUAAAGCUUGUCAGUAGGAACUUUCUUAGAGGUCAAAAACCUAUUUUGAAAAUAGUAUUGUGUAAAUGCUGUAAGUGUUGUACAUGUCUUUAGUUAAAAAAAAUCUAAAUUCAGUUACCAUGUAAGAUGUUACUUGGUUCAUAUUUGUUUCCAUAAAUUAAUGAAAAUGAGACUGAGUGUUGUGACUCUGUCUAUUUCAGUGUAAAUGUAUCUUGAAGUUACUUUAAAUCUAUUUAAAACUGCUAUUUCUGUAAUUGUAUGCUGAAUGUUUUCUUCUAUAAUGACAAGAGACUGGAAAAUAUGGAGGACAAUAUCCAAAAAUGAAGGAAGGCAGUCUUCUAGACCCUUAAAAUGCCAAGAAUGUCUCAGAAUUGAAAAAUUCAGAAAUUCUAAGGCCUUUAAUAAUUAUCUUGUCUAACACCUUGAGGUCAUGGUCCUAUGGCAAAUUAUCUUGUAAAACAAAUGUUUCUUAGUUUGUUUACAACUAUGAUUUCACUUCCAUGUAGGAAAGAUUUUAUCUGUGUAUCAGUUUAAAUGUAUCCUGAUAUUUAAAACAUCUAUAUCUGUUUGUGUUUUUUUUCUGUUAUGACAAAGAGUAGGAAAAUACUCAAGAAGGCAGUCAUUGAGACUUGUAGAAUCAUAGAAUGUCAGAGCUUAUGGGGUCUUUAAUGAUCCUCUAGACUCUCCCUCAUUUUAUAAGUACAUCAUGCCUAAAUUCCCAUGGUUAAUUAGUGGCUGGGCCAGUCCUACUUUGUUAAGGUCCUGGCACUUGGUCACAUGCUUUCUUCACAAAAUCAGGCUGUAAGACUUUAUCCGUGCUGACCCUGCCAUUCUUGGGUCUAAAGAUAGGGCCCGAGGACUCAACACAGUAACUGAUAAUGUAGUGAGAAUGUAGUAGGAUUGUACUUUUGAAGUACUCUCCAAUUCUGCAGAUGCUGAAGAUAAUGGUAUUGUUUUAUUUUUUAUUGAUGAGCAAAUAAUACUCACUGUCAAUCCUGUGGCUGCUGAGAAAUCUAGAACCCCAUCCUUCCCAGAAAUACAAUGAGGCAAUAUUUACAUCAAAAACAAUCUGUAAACAUCUAGUAUAUCGUUGUAGCUACUGUAAGAUAUAUCUUGCAAUGUUUUCCCUCAAAUUUAUUUUGUCCGUAUAUGUAUGUAUAUAUAAAACACUUUCCAGCUAUUAUGAGAUACUUUCAAAUGUGUUUGUUACCUCAUUUGAUCCACUGACAAUUCUAAAGUGCAUGUUUAGUGGAUAUUCCUUAUUUUACGGAUGAUAAAACUAAGGCCCAAGUAAGAAAAAUAACUUAUCCAAGGUCAUAGCUACAAAAUGGCAUUUUGAGAUUUGAAUGCAGAUCUUUUGUCACUUAGUGUUCUCUUCUAGUACUUCAGAGCUAUAUCCCCAUUUUGGAUUGACUUUGUGCAAAUAAAAGUAGUUUUUUCUUCCUUGUAAAUACUUGUCAAAAUAAAAUGAAA